AAAAGAAAGAAAGAAACUCCCAAACUCCCAUCCCAUCAUUCCGCUUCACUUGUUUCUGUUGUUGUUUGCUCUCAACGGAAGUGUCACUUUCCAACAUUCUUGGUUCUGAUGUUUUAGACAACAAUGGAGGAUUCUGAGAAAUUGACCGCCUUGAAGAAGGCCUACGCCGAUAUCAUCCUUAACACGGCGAAGGAGGCGGCGGCGCGUAUCAUGGUGUCGGAGAGAAAAGCCAUGCGCUUUCAGCAGGAACUUGUUUCCAGUAAAGAAGAGGCGCUUCGGAUGCUUCUUAGGCUCAAACAAAUGUUGGAUUCUAAGGUCUCACAAUCUUUCUCGAAAGGGGUUAACGAAGCAGAGUUGACAUCAUUAAAUCAGCAGAAGAAGAUUGAGGAGCUUGAAGCUCAGCUCCAGGAAGCUGAGGAAAUAGUUAGAGAUCUAAGGGCAGAGUUGAAAGAAGCACAUGCUGAGCUGGAGAAUGUGACAAAACACCAGAUGCAUCCGCCAGUUGAACAAAACAUGGAGGGUGAAAUUGCUGCUCAGGAAAAUUUUCUGCAGGAGAGCAGACUUGAUCCUUAUGAUGGAUCUGUAUAUUCUGCACCCAAUUUACAGUUUGAAUCAGCCUCAAUUUCUGACACUGGGAAUCCAACUGUAAAUGGAACAAAUGAUAACAGUACGGUCUCUGUGCCACAUGAUCAUACAAACAACUGCUACAUUCAUAAUCCAGAUUUUGCAUCCAUAGUCAUUAGGAGAAAAGAGCCUAAGCUCUACAGAAAUGGAUGCACUCAGAGAAUACAUGCAUGUGAAAGGAGCCUUUUUUAUGGAAAUACGUCUGUUUCAGGAAAUUUAGAUAAUGUACAGGAUGAAACUUUAGCAAGAGUACCUGAAGAAGAUAAAGCGAUGACUGUAAUAACUAAUGCCGAAGCUGAUAUUAUUUGUGAAAAGGAGAAAACUGAUGAGCUUAAAGUGGUGAAAGCAGAUGCUGAUCUUGUCAAAGUUCCAGCUCAUAGAAAAAAGAGAAGAUUUAGGACAAGGAAGGCUCUUCGAUCCAAAUUACAUUCUGACCAUGUUAAGGAAACAAAUAAAGAAUCAUAUCUGUCUUUGGUCAAAGAUUCUCCAUGUGUAUCGGAUAACAAUGACCCCUCAAGGGUGAGUUCCUCGAUGGCAUAUGAAAAUGAAGCUCAGAAGGAUCUAAUGUCUCCUUUUGCUAAAGUACCCACAGACGCAACUGCAGUGAUUGAGCAAUCAGGGCCUCAUAGCAAUACUGAAAAAGAGGAAGUAUUUCUUAAAGCUUGCAGUAUUCAGAACAAAAUUAAAGAUGAUAAGGAACUAUUGGAUAAAUCAGAUUUGACAAGACAAGAGAGUUUGUCCACUGAAAGUUUGGAGGUUCCAGCUUGUAAAGAUGUUGAGGCAGCUAUUGGAUCACCGGAUAAAAUGGGUCCUAAAGUAUCUGAUUUAGAUGAGAAGGUUUCUUGUCGAUCUGUAAACGAUAAGUUUCUCAAGUACACAUUCCGGAGAAAGCGUAAGAGGGAGUCUAUUAGCAGGGAUGAUGUAGAUUGCUCUCUAGAUAAUAUCAGUUCAGAGAAAAAGUGUGGAGAGAAGCAAAAUGGUCACGUAGAGCCUCAGAAGUCUUGCACAAUGACUGAAUCAUCUCGGGACAGCCGACGACUAGCACAGGUUGCUCGGCAGCUCAUAUCUUUGUCUGAGAAGAAAUGGUGGCAUUAGAUCCUUCUAUUGCUAUGUGAGGGGAUUGGAUGGUAAGAGUAUUCAAAGCACGGUCAAUGUGCUGUUGUUUCUGGAGGUGGCUUUUUAAGGGUGCUGCUUUACGUUGGUAGAGCUGUGGAAUGUGUUAGUAAUAUAUUGUUACUAUAUAUCUACUUUUCGUUCAUCCUUAGCUUAUCAAUGGCUAGCAUUAUAUUCUAUCAGUUAUAAAACAUAAAUUAUAUAUGCUGUUACUGCCCUUUUCCGGGGUCAUGUUUGCAAUACAAAUUUUGCUGAUUAUAUACUUACUUACAUA